AUGAGCCUCCAGAACUGCACCACGCCUAGGAACCAACAGCUUGCAGUGGGAAUCCCCCCCAUCCAGGAGGCCUGGGGCCUGUGGGCCCUCUUCGGAGCCGCAACACUCCUGCUCCUCUUCUCACUGACUGUGCUUUUGUAUUGGUGGACUCGGGCCCGGCGCAGCCAUCAUAGGAGACAGGAACGGUCCGGCGACCCUGUGGAGGACAUCCCCUUGUACGGGAACCUACAUUAUCUGCAGACAGGACGCCUGCAUCAAGAACCAGGUCCAGAGCAGGAGCCAAACCCCGGAGGGCCUGAGAGGGCUGCACAGGAGGGAACGUGCUAUACCAGCCUGCAGCUGCGACCUCCUCGGGGCCGCACCCCCAGUCCUGGCGCCCCCAUCAAGUACUCCGAGGUGGUGCUGGAUUCGGACUCUGUGCCCCCGGCCUCAGGCCCUGAGCCUGAGCUCUACGCUUCUGUGAGUGCCCAGACCCGCAGGGCCCGCACCUCCUUCCCAGACCAGGCCUACGCCAACAGCCAGCCCAGCUCCAGCUGA